AGUUACAAGCUGACAAGUGCGCAAGUAGAGUGGACAUUUGCGCCGCUACUGAAUACACUUGUCACUCACUCACCAUUGAUGAAGAGCAGAGAACCACGCAGGAGGAGUAGGAAGCGGAAGCGAGAGCGAGAGAGGUAAAAGACUGUGACAGAGAUGAGGAAAUUCGAUCCAUGGCCUGUGUUUUUCAGGCGAGAGUGGAAACGGAACUGGCCAUUUAUUGUCGGAUUUGCCAUCACCGGCACAAUCAUCAUUGUAUAUACUCUUAGUCUCACAGAGGAGGAUGCCAAGAAGUCGCCUUUUGUUCAGAGGCACAAAAAGAAGAAAGCAAACCAAAUUGGAGUCUGAGUUGUAUCAAAAUGAUUCUAUCUAAAUGCCCCUAAUUGUGGAUACCAGGUGAAAUCCUGAACUGAUGUGGUUGCCUGGUAGCUAUUUUGCAUGGGAUGGGAGAUUUGGCUGUUUACUCUUUUUUUUUUUUUUGGAUCAAAUGAACUUUCUUGAUUCUGGAAACAUGUAAGUAAAGGCUGGUUUGGGACUUUAUAGAAUUUUAUCAUGGGACCCAUCAUUUGGCCAUGGAUUCAUGUAGGUUUUAAACCUCAAAACAUUGUUGGGUGUUAAAAGAUUCAAUUGCCCUUGCGUGCCUUAGUAUUUUUGCA